GAGACCAACUUGUUUAUCCGCUUCUUUUUCUUCUGGCUUUCACGUCUGUGAUGCCGCAAAGGACGACGUUGGUUUACGGGUCGUCGUCACCGGUUGAAGAAGGACACCGUUUCAAUAGACCCGAUCCUCUGCAGCACUUCAAAUUCUACCAUGGCGGAUACGACAUCGGAGACAAGCAUUAUUGGGCUUCUGCGGCAUUUACAGGAGUUCAUGGUUACGCCAUUGCCGGAGCUUGGAUGUUGUGCGGGCUGGGAUUUGGGAUUUUCUUGGCUGUUAAGCAUUUCGGAGGUGGGUCUCCUUCAAGCCCAGAUCGAGAUGUUAAUCGCUCCGAUAAUCACUAUUUCUUAUUGUUCUUGCUGGUUAUCUGCUUCAGUUUUCUCGCCAUAAUUGCGACUGGGUUCGCGAUGGCAGCGAACCAGACGAGCUUAAAGAGGACGAAGAAUUUGAAAGAGACCAUUAUGGGAGCCGGAGGCGAUGCUCGGAAAAGCAUCCGCCGAGUGAUGGACGCGUUGACAAGUAUUGAAGAUCUUUUAGUGCCUUAUGAUUCACGAACAGUUCUGCGACUGAACGUUACUACUCAUCGGCUAAGAAAGGAAUACAAUACCAUCAAACGUUUUGUCAGGAAAAAUGGGCAUACAAUUGAUAUAGCCAUCCAGACUCUGUACAUAUCACAUCUUGUGUUGGCAUCGAUCAAUUUGGCACUCUUGGUUGCUGCAGUGGUUCUGCUCCUGUUGCAUUGGCACCCUGGACUUGUCAUGGUUAUUUUUCUGUGCUGGAUCUUAGUAACUCUGUUCUGGGUUUUGACGGGAGUUGAUUUCUUCAUUCAUACUCUUGCAAAAGAUACUUGUUCAGCAAUUGAUGGGUUUAUGCAGAAGCCCCAAAACAACAGUUUAAGUUCUAUACUUCCUUGCAUGGAUUCGCUCUACGCAGAUAAAAUCCGUGUAGGAAUUGGCUCCACCAUCCACAAUUUCAUAACUGAGUUGAACUUGAAAAUAAAAGAGUUAUAUGGUCGACUUUUCUUUAAGAUGAAAGAACAUAAUGAUUUUUUUGGAGUUGAAAUGGUAUGUGACCCUUUUUCUGGAGCACCUAACUACAGCUAUGUGCCAGAAAGCUGCUCAAAGAAUGCCAUUCAAAUCGGUGAUUUACCAAAUGUUCUUUCAAAGUUUACCUGUUACAAUCAGGACUUAACAAAAGUUUGCAUUGGUGAAGGAAAAUUUAUUCCUCGGUCAUCUUACAAUGAAGUUCAAGCUUACAGUCAAUCUAUUCAAAAUAUGUUAAAUGUAUUUACAGAUUUACAGAAUUUAACAGAGUGUGAAAUAGUAAAAAAUACAUUUUCAGAUAUUGCCUUGCACCAGUGUCCGCCAAUUAAGGGUUCUUAUAGAUUCUUGUGGGCAUCUAUGUUGGCACUUUCUACAUCAACAGUGGGUUUAGUGUUGCUUUGGGUGGUUAAAGCUUAUCAAGAGAAUGGAAAGUCUUUUUCUAGGUGUUCAUUCAGAGUUCAGGUAUGAGAAUAUAAUGAAGAGACCAUGAUAAAUUGUAGAUUACUUUUGAAAAAUUGAUAAAGAAAUUAGAUAAUUUUGGAUGUUAUCUUAUUACAUAAUAUAAAAGAAAAUAUAAAUGAAGAUAAACUUAUUAUAGGACAACAGAGAGAUA